CCCAACUCCCAACCGAAACACCUCUGGAAUCCAAACCCACUUUCCUCUAUUUCUCUUCAUCUCCAUUAAAGAGCUUUCCGAAUCUCAGAUUCAUCCCUUGGCACACAUCUGAGCUCUCUCUGGAGAAACCAAACUAGGGAGGGUAGUGUUUCUGGGUCCAAGUCAAGAAGUCGGAAAACCCAGUUGAUUGUAAUCUCUACAAGUCAAUCAAUGUCGAGCUGCGUCGUGGAUCUCCCUGAAGAUAUUAUACUCAACAUUCUGUGCCGGUUGCCGGUCAAAACUUUGAACCGGUUCACUUGUGUCUCGAAACGGUGGCGUUCUGUUAUCAUUUCCUGAUCCUAAAUUUGGAAAAUCUCACUUCCAACUUGCUUCUCAGCAGAAAGUCCUCCUCACCUCCUACCCUGCAGUCAAAUGUUAUGAAACUGAUCACAGCAAUCCGGUGUUGACUUUAGGAAUAGCCCAAGUCUUCUUUAUUUUCUGGAAUAGCCCCAUGACGGGCUUGGUAUCAGAGCCCACAUCAUGGGGCCGAGGAGCACUGGAAUCCACCACCAUACUCGUCAGCACCGCCGCGUCCACCUGACCUGGAUGAAUGGAAGAGGAAGAGGAUCCAAAUCUCAAGAGAAGAGACAGCUGCGUGGCGCCGUGACUUUGAGAAAACUAUGGCGUCGUUCCGAUCUGAGAUAAUAAACGAGUUGCGGCAAUUUCGAUUGGAGCGACCGGCUCAGGUGAUGGAGCCUUCGGUGCCGACUUCUUCCGUACCGAUCACAUCUCUGCCAGUGACUCAUCCUGUGUCUUCGGUGAUGCACCCACAGUUGUACAUGAUGCCGUCGCCACCACCACCACCGGCCAUGGCAGAUCCCUACCUUUACCAGCAGCAACAACUACCACCUCUAUCGUCGUCUAAACCACCAGUCCCUCAGUCGCAACACGCAGAUCCCUAUCUCUACCAGCUGCGACAACCACCACCUUCUCCGCCGCCUAGACCAUCAGUCACCGUCCAUGCGUUGGGUGAGUCACCAUCCCCAGCCCACAUGAGGUACACCUACCACUCGCUCUCAAAUGGUGAUUUCAAUCAAAAUAGGAACCAGAAACAACAACAUUUCUCUUUGAAUGAUGAUUGUGGUGCUUUGAGCCCUGUGUCUAUUGCAAAAUUGACUGGUAUUGAUGAGAAAUUAGAUAUGGGGGAGGGAGAGAGUCUUGAUACGAUAGCAGAGGUGAAUAGUGGAGAUGGUAGAGUGUUCAAUCAGCUUGAGAGUGUUACUGUUAAGCAAGAUGAUUGGGGACCAAGUUUGUGUGGGAAAAGAAUGGAAUACCAUGCACUCUACAUGUUUGAUAAAAUGCCACAAUCAGAUGGGAUGUGUAAUGCAGGAAGGACCAUUAUUGCUCCUAUGAGCAUUCGAGACAAAGGUGGAGGACUCACUACUCAUCGUGAAGUUGUUGAUGCUUCUGAUGAGAUGGCGAUAUGUUCUGUCAGUGCUAAGCAGGACGAUGGUGGUUUCGUUGAAGGUAAGAAGCAGGUGCCAAAAUUGAGUGUGGAGGCAUUGAUGGUAUCUGUGAUCCCUGGAGAUGUGGGAAAGCCAACUGUGAAAUUAGAUAAAGUUCUGGUUCGAGAUGGGAGCUGUAGAUGGGAAAAUCUGGUUUAUGAAACGGUUAAAUUCGACCGGGAGCCAAGAACCGGGAAGAGCAAGGAGAGACUCUAUAGUUUUGUUCUUUCAACUGGAUCUUCUAAAGCAAGUGUUCUUGGGGAGGUUUCUCUUGAUUUUGCCGAGUAUUCCGUUGAUUUUGCCGAGUAUUCCGAGGCUACUAAAGCUUCAUCUGUGUAUCUUCCUCUUAAGAAUUCAAGUGCAGUAUUGCAAAAGUUGCAAGCAAAUUCUGAUCAGAGAGAGGUAGAAGGCUGUGAAGAUGCCAAAGUUAAAUCUCAGGAUAAUAGCUUGAAGAGACACUUGAGCAAUAAUGAUGCAGAUGAAAGCGUUUUGGUUGAUAAGAUGACCAAUUGGACCACUCAAAAUGUUGAGUGCAACGACACGACCUCUAUUGGAUCAGACAUUACAUUGUCCAGUUCCGACAGCAGCUCCGGACUCGAUACUUCUCGAGAGCUUGUACUGAGAAACAUUAUCAUUUGUCACGACCCUUCCAACUAUCUAUCAUCACCAAAUCAGCCCUCAAUACCACACAGACCUGAAGUUUAUGGCUCGACAAAUAAUGAGCAAAAGCAAUCACGUGGGAGUGGUCUGCAGAUUCUGAACAUGGAGUAAGUAGUGAUGGUUCUACUUCAACUUCUGCUGCUAAUGUUGUGUAUGAUUCUGAUUCUCUUCCUAAAGUGGUUCCCCAACUCCAGGUUCAAGAACCUAGAAAUGCAGAACUAAAUCCUCGCAAAGAUGUAGAGAGCUCUUAUUUGAGACAAGAAAACUAGAGAAUAAACAUAAAAAGCAUAAAUUCAAGGAAAUGUUGAAAGCUAGAGCUGCAUGCACUUCCCAUUGCUGGUUUGAAGGGUGAUAUAUUGCAAUUGUUGCAGGAUAAUAAUGUUCAAGUAGUCUGUGGGGAAAUGGGAUCAGGAAAAACAACUCAGGUUCCACAAUUUAUAUUGGAUGACAUGAUCCAGUCAGGACGUGGUGGACACUGUAACAUUAUAUGCACACAACCAUGGAGAAUAGCGGCUAUUUCUGUGGCCAACAGAGUCGCUGAUGAGCGUUGUGAACCUUCACCUGGUUCAAAUGGUUCUUUGGUUGGUUAUCAAGUGCGCCUUGAUAAUGCAAGUAAUGAAAAGACUAAGCUUCUGUUUUGCACGACAGAUAUUCUUCUGAGAAAAUUUGUGGGAGACAGAAACUUGACUGGAAUUACUCAUGUCAUAGUUGAUGAAGUACACGAGCGGUCUCUUUUGGGUGAUUUCCUACUCAUAGUUUUGAAGAAUCUGAUUGAGAAGCAAUCAGCUCUUAACACACCAAAACUGAAAGUUAUUCUAAUGUCUGCAACUGUUGAUUCCAAUUUGUUUUCAAA